UUGAAUCCAUCGUUUCAGCCUCCUACUCCGGUCUCGGAGUCCAUUCGCAACACUUUGUACAGACAAUUCAUGGCGAACCCAGAGACGAACUCAGUCCGAAAUCUCGCCUCUCGGUACCAUCUCAGUAUCAAGCGAGUAGAGGCCAUCCUAAGGUUGAAAGGCCUGGAGGCCCACUGGAUCAAG